AUGACUAAAACUGUUGUACAUACAUCAAUUUUGUUAUAUAAUUUUUUUAACACUCCUUAAUUAUAUAUAAAGAGCUCAAGGAAGCCUUCCAAACCCAAAAGAUACUUGAAAGACUGUAACACCAGCUAAAAGAAGAAUAAUGGCUGGGAAUCAAACAGAUGGGAAAAAGCCAAUUGAUCCUAUAGAAAUCCAUCAAAAAGCAUUAGAUGACUUGGUGAACGUUAAUUCUCUCUUUACAAUAGCCGUGUUCGUGGGCUUGUCCUUUGCCUCUCCAGGCCAACAAAGCCUUGAAAACCGACCUGAGUGUGAUGCAGACCCAGGGAUGGCUAUGAGGCUCAUCCUUUACGAAGUUAUAUCCUUCGCUUGCUUCCUCCUAUCAAGCUUGGUAGCCAAGACACUAAAGGUUCAUCUCAAUAUUUACCAAGAAGAUGAAUUCGAAAAAUUGCAUCUUAAGUUGGGAAGAGGCUUUAUGCUAUACUUAUCAGCAAUCGCAUCAAUUGUUGGGGUCGUGUUUUUGGCACUUUCCAUGGCUAAUGUCAUCCAGAUAAGGAUUGGGAAGCUGUCUUGUGGGAGCGUAUAUGCUUAUCGCGCCGUUGGAUCACUGUGUGGAAUAGUACUUCUUGCUCUCUCCAUUUAUGUACCAUCCAUGUUUUAUGCCAUAUGGAAAUCUCUCAAUUACAAACCCAAAUCCAAACCCGAUCCCGCAGAAAAACCCCAAGCAUAAUGUUUAUCAUAUAUGGAUAUCUCUGUCUACGUAUACGUGUGUAAGCUUGUGGAAUUUGAAGUCCAAGUGGAGUGAUUGAUCAUGAGUACCGUCUGAAAAUGUCAAGAGCAUGUCUUUCUAUGUGCUGGGCUUUCUCUAGAACCUGUUCAUGCAUUAUAUAGAGUCCAGUUUACCAGUCAACAGAAGCAAGUGUCGUCUUUUUCUCAUUUGUAAAUUGUAAUGUGUUUUCUGUUUACUCUACUUUCAUUCCGCUGUAACUAAAAAAAUUGAUAAUAUGUUGUCCCAAAUAAUAGAGUACAAAAGGGGAUGGGCCUUUUUGCCUGUUCUUAGCAGUUAGCAUA